AUCUGCAGGUGCGCAGUGGACAAUCGAGUGACGCGGGUGGCCUGGCUGAACCGCAGCACCAUCUUAUACACCAGCAAUGACAAGUGGUCUAUAGACCCCCGUGUGGUUCUGGUAGCCAACACCAAGACCCAAUACAGCAUCAAGAUCCAAAAUGUGGACAUCUAUGAUGAGGGACCGUACACAUGCUCUGUCCAGACAGACAAUCACCCCAAAACCUCCCGCAUACACCUCAUUGUACAAGUUUCCCCAAAAAUCUUGAAUAUCUCUUCAGACAUUACAGUGAAUGAGGGCAGCACAGUGACUCUGCGAUGUUUGGCUACUGGCAGACCUGAACCUGCUGUGACGUGGAAGCACUAUCACGAGAAAUCUCGUGGAUUUGUCGGUGAUGAUGAGUAUCUGGAGAUUAUAGGGAUCACCAGGGAGCAGUCAGGACUAUAUGAAUGCAGCGCUGCCAAUGAGGUGUCCACACCUGAUGUCCGCAGAGUCAGAAUCACAGUCAACUACCCUCCAUACAUUUCUGAUGCCAGAAACACGGGAGCGUCUGUUGGACAAAAAGGCAUUUUGCGCUGCUCCGCCCUGGCCGUUCCACUGGCUGAAUUCCAGUGGUAUAAGGAAGACACUCGGUUAUCUAACAACCUAGGUGGAGUAAGGAUCGAUAACAAAGAUCACAUGUCCGUUCUGACCUUCUUCAAUGUAUCUGAAAAGGAUUAUGGGAAUUAUACUUGUGUGGCAUCAAAUAAGCUGGGCAACAGCAACGCCAGUGUCAUCUUAUAUGGACCGGGAGCUGUGCACAACACAAGCAGCUCUACCUCAGCUGCCUUGGCCAUCAUUUGCCUCUGGUUCUCCAUCCUCUACUCCCUCAGCAAGUUUUGA